ACUGACAAAAUCCACAUAUCAAUCCUCUCAACCGCUGUAUUGGCCGUUAAAAGGAAAUGAACCAACACUUGACUCUUUGUACAUAGCUCAAGAACAAAGAUUUCAAAAGCACCAAAACUGAUGCUUCUUGUAGCAAAUUCAAGCCAAGCAUGGAACUUAGCACACCCAACACUAAAUCUCUCUCAGAAAUGCAAAACACAAGUGGACAUUGAUCAAUUUCAUGCUCAAUUGAUAACCACAGGACUUGUAAAAAAUCCAUUUUUGACCACAAAACUUAUCUUGAAAUUCUCUUCUUCCCCUCACACACCCAUCAUUGAAUUUGCUCGGUUUCUCUUCUUUUCUGACGAUUUCUGUUGUUCAAAUCGAAAUAGAAAAGACCCAUUUCUGUGGAAUGUGAUAAUGAAGUCAUUUUCACAUGGAAAUGACCCAUAUAAGGCUUUUGAAGUGUUCUGUUUGAUGCUUGAAAAGGGGGUCUAUGUGGAUGAGUAUUCGUUAUCUAUAGUUUUGAAAGCGUGUUCAAGAAUGGGUUUUGUUAAGCGGGGAAUGCAGGUUCAUGGACUAUUGAGGAAAAUAGGACUUGUGUCUGAUGUGUUUUUGCAAAAUUGUUUGAUUUCCAUGUAUGUAAGGUGUGGGUUUGUUGAGUAUGGUCACCGCGUGUUUGAUAGAAUGUUUAUGAGAGACUCUGUUUCGUAUAAUACAAUGAUUGAUGGGUAUGUGAAAUGUGGAAUGCUUGGUGUUGCUUGUCGUUUGUUUGAUUUUAUGCCAAUAGAGAUGAGGAAUUUGGUUUCUUGGAAUGCUAUGCUUACUGGUUAUGUCAAAUUGGACCAAGGGUUUGAUGUUGCUUGGGAGCUGUUUGAUAAAAUGCCCGAAAGGGAUUUGGUUUCUUGGAAUUUGAUGCUUUAUUGUUGUGUUAAAAGUGGAAAUGCUGAAAAGGCUACUGCUUUGUUUGACAUGAUACCGAAGAAGGAUGUAGUCAGCUGGGCAAUAAUGGUAGAUGGGUAUUCAAAAAUUGGUAAGAUUGAUAUUGCAAGACAUUAUUUUGAUGACAUGCCUCUAAGGGAUGUGAUUUCUUGCAAUGCUAUUAUGGCUGGAUAUGUCAAGAAUGGCCACUACCUUGAAGCAUUAAAAGUGUUUCAUGAUAUGUUAAGAGGGAGUAGGCUGGCUCCUGAUAGUACCACCUUGUUGAUUGCGCUUUCUGCAGUUGCUAAGUUAGGUUACAUUGAUGAAGGGAUUGCACUGCACUGUUAUAUAGAGGAGAAUGGGUUUCUUGUGGCUGGAAAGCUUGGUGUCGCAUUGAUAAACAUGUAUGCAAAAUGUGGCAGUGUAGAUAGUGCAAUGGGCUUGUUCAAUGACAUCCAAGAAAAAACCGUUGAUCACUGGAAUGCUAUGAUUGGUGGAUUGGCCAUUCAUGGCUUCGGGGACCUAGCUUUCCAAUUGUUCAUGGAGAUGGAAAGACUUUCAUUAGAUAUAGAUGAUAUCACAUUUAUUGCAGUUUUGAAUGCUUGUGGUCAUUCUGGACUGGUAAAGGAAGGCAUGAUCUGUUUUGAGAUCAUGAGAAGGGCACAUCAUAUGGAACCUAAGCUCCAGCAUUAUGGAUGCAUGGUUGACAUCCUUAGUCGAGCAGGACAUGUGGAGGAGGCCAUAAAAUUUGUCGAUGAAAUGCCAAUCUAUCCUAAUGAUGUAGUUUGGCGGACGUUGCUAAGUUCAUGUAGGAAUCAAGAAAACGUUCACAUUGGAGACCCAAUGGAUAAGCAAUUAGUUGGACUAAAUUCUCAUAAUUCAAGUUCCUACGUGCUUUUGUCUAACAUAUAUGCUCAAUUUGGUAAGUGGGACUAUGUUAGAAGGGUUCGAACAAUAAUGAAAGAAAGGGACCUGAAGAAAAUUGUUGGCAGCAGUAGGAUUGAGCUCCAAGGAAUUGUCCAUGAGUUCUCUGUGGGAGACAAAUCCCAUGAUCAAUUUGAAGAGAUCUAUUCCACAUUACAGAUGGUUUGUGUAUAGCUGUGAAGUCAAAUUUAACUAGUCAUUAGCAUCUUUUAGCUCUAGACAGGGAAAUUAUUCUAAGCUGUUCCUCUGUAAUUAGCAAAGCACCAGGAAAAACAAUCCUGGAACUUGUAAAUUUAAGUCAAUGUAUCUAAUAAGAGAAGUUCAAAAUAGAACUGCAGUUUAAACUC